AUGAAAACAUUAAUACUUGCUUUCAUUGUAUGUGUCUGCAUAUCUCAUGCAUGCAAAUGUAAACAACAAACAAGCGAAGAGUCUUUCUGUGCUGCUGAUUGGGUGUCUCAUGUACGAAUAAAACUACGUAUGACCAAACAACCAUUGCCAGCCGGAUCAUCUAGAAAGGGUCUCAACAAUAUACGAUAUGCUGUUAAUCAUGAACGAAUUUACAAGAGGCCAGGAGUAAGUAACCUACCAGCUGAGAUCUACACGCCUUCAGAGCCUCCAGCUUGCGGUUUGAUAAUAGAUGCGGGCAAAGAGUAUCUGCUUGCGGGACAAAUGCACAACGGAACUCUGCACACUGUUCUGUGUGGUCAGGUGCUAGUCGAUAAUCCAACCGAAGCAUUAUACGAGAAUGUGCUUGAAUGGAAGAACGUUCCUAAAGAACUACAGGAGAAACUACCCUUUGAUUGUGCAAAGAAUGAAUAA